UUUACAAUUCAGUUGGCUUUGAGUCCUUGCUACAUUCGUAUCGAAUUCGGAUCCGGAGUCAGAAUUGCAUCCCCGUCCCUUCCAUCCGCCAGUUCCUUCACGGAAGGCUGAGCAGAUACAGUAGCUCGAAGAGCUUGCAGUUUAAACUUUAAGGCGAAUUCGAAGUCCGUGUGAGUUAGAAGCCAGAUUUGAUGGAAAUAUUCAAUUCCAACGCGGUUCCGUUACUUGAAAAGUGUGCUGGCUGGUCCUGUCGGGUCGGGUGAGCGCCCAAGGACUUCUGCCAGAGCUGCAAAAACACGACCAGGCAGAAACAAUAUGUGUGCAAUAACAAGAAACGUGACAGCAACGUGCCAAUAGGCGAAGGCAUUGAAAAGCUGACAGAAAAGUAUUCGGACAUCCUAAGAAAAUAUUGCAGAAGGAUUCUGCGAUGCAUUUCUGGAUUGACAAACGCUCGCAGCAAUGCGGGUUCGGACGUUCCCGGGUGGCGGCCUCCCUGUCACACGCCGGAGGCGGUCUCAGCUACGCCCACCCGCCAAGGCGAAGUAAGACCACCAGCUGCAGCAGCCAGCCUGCAGUGCACCGAUCCCUGCCCCAGACUCCCUACGACAUCCAGCCAGGCACGAGCCGCCAGUCGCAAUAUGGCAACAACAACUUACUCCACGGCCAGCAGCAGAACCUGUUGCAACAACAUUCCAGCACCAGCAACAACAACAAUGCCAACAUGGGCACCAGCCAUCUCACAACCACCGGAACAGCCACUGCCAGCAACAACAACAACGCCAGCGGAACCGCAUCCUCUGCCGCUGUCCUCACCGGCAGCGGAACUAUCAUUCCCCUAGUGGCACGUGGCUCACACCACCACCCGCACAACACGCGACACCAGCCGAGGAGCCAGCAACAAUUGGUGCAGCAACAUCAGCACCAACAGGCACAGCAGCAACAUCAGCCUUACCAACACUACAGCUACCACCACCCACAGUUCGGCAACAUGGCAGUGCCUGUGAGGCAGCAUCAGCAGCCGUUGCCGCCGCAGCAGCCACAUUCCGGGUACGUCUAUGCGGACGAUGGCUACAGCACCUACCAUCACGCCCCCUCUCAUCAGCAGCACAGUAGCAACUAUAUUAGCAGCGCCAGCAGCAACACCCGACAAUCAAACGCGUAUGCCACGCCCCGUCGCCACAACUCCAGCAGUAACAUGCGACAUCCUGCCACCGUGGCGGUAUCCUCGACCCCAGCAUCUGCACCAAUCGCCUCGAAUGCACCAACGGCAACUUCCCAAAUCGUCCCGCAGACGACCCACAGCAAUCAGUUGCAGCAGCAACACCACGCCCUGCUCCAGCACGCUGACUCCCAGCUGCUGCCUAGCCACUUGAAGUGCGGCAUGUGUGCCUCUCUAGUCCUGGCCUCGGUGUUCGUGGCGGGAACCAAGUUCUACUUCGACCACCAAGGCACUGGCCUGGAGGUAAUAAUCUUCUGCGCCUUUUCUGCCACUUUCUUUCUAGCCGCCUGCCUGGUCAGCCUUUGCCGCAUCCCCAAGGGCUUGCUCUCCAGCUCGGGUCGCACCGAGAGUCGGGCGGCAGUGUGCCACUCCCGCGGCAUCCCGGGGACGAGACGCGGGUCAGGCGAGGAUGGGACACCAGCGGCCGGUUGUUUGUUAGAGAUGAGCGACGUGCGGUAUCUGGAGGAGCGGCAAGGAGUCGCUGGGGACCCUGCGGUAGCCGCGGCUGGUCCGCCCCCUUACCAUAUAGCCAUCUUGCUGCCGGAGCAGACGUCGGGGCCGUUGGGGAAACAACUGCCGCUGGACGAGUCGCCUCCACCAUCCUACGACAAGAUUCUCGUCUAGGCUCAGCGGAAACCAGCGGAAGAGAGCUAUGGAACCUUGAUCGCGGUCGUAGAUACCCAAUGCCAAAACUCUUGCUCAGUAUUUUUCUAAAAGAAUAUCACAUUUUUUAUGGACAUUUACACGGCAUAGUUAUAUAUCAGGAAUACAUAUACGCAUACACGAAUAUUUAAUUUUAAGCUCCGAGUAAAAUAUUUACACUUCUAAGCUCCGAACUAGAUUCCAGUCACUUUCCCACUAGACCCCAGAACUUCUUCUACUGUCAUUUUUGUUCUGUGAUAUGCUCAAGAGAUCAAUAAUCAUAAGCUAUAACGACCGUACUUUUAAUCAUUAGCGACAACAAGCAAGCCAAUGCAACGAGAAAUAAACUUAGACAUAAAGGAUAACAGAUACAGAGAGUAAUCGCAUUAAACAGCAUUAAAGGAAACCUAAGAAUCAAGUAAACAAAUCAUAGGCGCAUUCAACUACCAAAGCCGAAUGCCAUAUAUUAUGUGAAUGAAGUACAUAUUCA